AGGCGAUCUUGUGCUGUGUGAUGUGAUGUGUUUUCAUGCCCGCGUCCGGUAAUUUCUACCUCUGGAAAACAUCUCUUUCUUGUUCUCCUUUUGUUUUUGGAUUGAAGGGACUUGCAUUCCUACUGUCUUCGAGAUUGUAUUUGAAAGAAUGCAAUCCAUUAAAUGUGUUGUUGUAGGCGAUGGAGCUGUUGGUAAGACAUGUCUUCUCAUCAGUUACACCACAAAUGCUUUCCCUGGAGAAUACAUUCCCACCGUCUUUGACAAUUACUCUGCUAACGUAAUGGUAGAUGGUAAGCCUGUCAACUUAGGAUUAUGGGAUACUGCUGGACAGGAAGACUAUGAUAGGUUACGACCUUUGUCAUACCCCCAAACAGAUGUAUUUUUGAUCUGUUUUUCUGUGGUGAGUCCAGUAUCAUAUGAGAACGUCAGAGCAAAGUGGGCCCCAGAAGUGAGACACCAUUGUCCAAACACUCCUAUCAUCCUAGUAGGAACUAAAUUAGAUCUGAGAGAUGAUCCAGAUACCGUCAAUAAACUCAAAGAUAGAAAUCAGUAUCCAAUCAGAUAUCAACAGGGAAUACAGAUGCACAAGGAAAUAAACGCUGUAAAAUACCUAGAAUGUUCAGCAUUGACGCAAAAAGGACUCAAGAUGGUCUUUGAGGAAGCCAUCAGAGUCUUUCUCUAUCCUCCAAAAGCUCCCAAGAAGCGUAGACAUCAAUGUGCAGUUUUAUGAGUUUGUAUGCAUCAGGUCACUUAUGUUUCUUUAUGGUGAAUUAUGGCAUUGUUGGCUUUCCAUGGUUAUGAUCUAAUUGAAUCAAUCGCAACCCUUUUCAAGACGGGGGCUACAUGUAGAUACACUCAGUACAUGAAUCUAGGUAUGAGGAAAAACAACUUGAUUGUAUAUGUAUCUGGUUUCCUCUUAUAAAUACACCAACUCAUUAUGACACUGUAUAGAAAGUUAUGUACUAUUAUGUUAGUGUACUGUGCAGGUAUUGCAUAAAUUGGAAGGAUGGAGUUCUUUCUAUAAACAAAAAAUCAACAAGACACUGUAUGAUUGAAAAUGUGGUAUUUGCAUUACAACCCAAAACAAGUUGAUAGUAAAACAAAUAGCAAUGUGUCUUUGCAUUUAGAUGCUUUUUAGUUAGAUGCAUGCUUGUUUAAUUUGUUUUGGUUUAUGUUUUUUGUCGGUUUUUGUUCUGUAAACUGGUUUGAUUUUUAAUCAUUUUAUAACUUAUGCUGUAUUUAUUAUUUUUAUACUCCAAUACUAUACUUGUUCUAAUAUAAGUAUUACUUAUACUUGUACUCCUUUAUUUGAUUUUUAUUUUGACAAAGCAUUAUUGCUUCAAAACAAAAAUUUGAACCAAAACCUGAAGUAGAGGUAGGAUUCUAAAGUCCAUACAUUUGUUUUUAAACUGCAUGUGUGUGUAAUUGUGUAUAAUCGUAUGAACAUUUUGAUCAACAAUCUUGCCCUGAUGUAAUGGAAGAGAAAAUAAUUGCAAUAUUGGCCAGCUUUUUAAAUUAUUUCAGCUAAGCUUGGUGUGUAAGGUUGUUCAUACUUUUUUUGCUGUCAUCUUUUUAAGAAGUGGUAAUAAACAGAGUUUCAUUGUUCUUAGACAAAAGAUUAUAUAGUGCAUAAUUGUUUGCAUGGCUGUUAAAAACAGUGGUAUGACACAGGUCAUGUGAUUGGUCAUGUGACUGAACAUCAUAUCAAGUUUUUAACCAUGAAACCUCAAUGAGAUAGGUUUGUUUGUGACUGUAUGUUUCUGAGAGAAGGUUGUAGUAGGGUUAGGGUGAUUUAGAAUAUAUAGUACAGGGUAUAAAUUAGUUAUUCGAUUCCAGGGCGAAUGUGUUUCGGUGAUGAAGUAUGAGGGCACCUGCCACAAGCACCACCUUUUUGGCUUUUUUUUUUUAAAGUGGAUGGUACUAAAGAAAUUGAAGUUUAUCUGAUAAACCACCAAAAAUGUCAUUGGUGUCAAAACUGUCUACAGAAAAUAGGUGAUGUCAUUUCGAAGUCUGUUGAUAUCACAGAAUUCAGUACUCUGUGGGUCUCAGGUGCAUGUGUGCCUGGAUGCUGUGUUAUAUCAAUAGGUAACCAUUUGGGCCAUCAUGAAUGUGACGUAUAUGAAGAACUGGUUAAAUGCAAAGUAGAAAUGCCACAAAGAUUGUUCCAGGAAAAAGAAUUUAAGACAUGGCAUGUUAUUAGUAUCAUAUACAUGUUGUGUAUUAUUGUUAUUAUUAUUAUUAUUAUUGUUUACCUGUGUGAAAUCUAUGGCAUGAAUCGUUGAAUGCAUCAAGGCUUUCUAUGCUGCUAGGUCUAUUCCUAAUCGUCUACUAGACUACAUGCUUUAGUGAUCAAUCAUUCCUAGAUAGUUUUCAAUUACCAAAAAUCAGAUUGUGAAGUAGCUGUGCAUUGUUUGGCUACUCAAGGUUUCACCACCAUUUUAAGCCAAUGCGAGCACAUCUUGGUUAAUUGAGGCCAUUGGACUAUACAAAACGUGAUUGGAUAAAAAGGGUAAAUUUAUUGCCAAAUGAUGUAUUUUAUCUUGUAUUUUCUUCAUUUUUUCGUUCAGUAUUUAUUAUACAUUAUUUAUUAUCCUGUUGGUGUAUUCAUUGAAAUUGUAUUCCUCUUAGUGACUAAGCUACUUUGUAUUUAAUGAUUUGUGAUAAACGUAUUGUAUAUCUCUUUAUCAUCGAUGAUUUCAUUUGUAACAUUUUGUUUUCAAUUACUUUUCAUCCCAUGAAAAAAAAUACUAGUAAUUUGAUCAUGAAUUGGCAAUGAUUUUAAUCAAUUUAAAGUCAACUCAAACUUUGAUUCAUUAAUUCCUUUCUGAACAUACAGACCUUAACCAAUCCUUCUCCAACAAAGAUAAUUGGUUCUAUAAAAUGGUCCUUUUACUUGUUUUAGAGAUUUUUUUCCUUCUCAUUCUUUUUCUGCUUUAAUAUUCUUACUCUUUCUCUUACUGACUAAAAUCACCUUUGUUCAUCUUCCUUUAUUUCUAUUCUAUUUUCAUAAGGUCAGAUUAUAGGUCAGCAUUUUAUUUGAUCUUUGUCUUUAUUUGUGUGUUUCCUAAUACAUGUACAUGCAUUACCAUCGUUCAUUGUCAUCAGAGAUCUACUUUUCAUUCUGGGUCAACAUCUUUUUCCUACAGAAACUCUACCACAUAUAAAAUAUUUAACCGAGCAAAUGAAUCACAAACACAGAAAAGAAAAGAGUCUGUAGAACUAAAAGAAUCGAAGGAAAACCACUUAAUGAGGUUUGACAUUACUUUGGAAGAGGAGCAUUUUGAUUAUUGCAUGGUGUUGCAUACACUGUCGUCAAUGAAACUCGCAGGAUUCACUGAAGGAGUGAUGUCAUAGUAAGGGCGGAACUUGAAUACAUGUAUUAUGAAAUGCACAAAUUGCAAGCAACAAGUAUCACUUUUGGAAUGGAAGUCUUGAUAGAUCAAAAUGAAUGUGCCAAACGAUGGGGAUACCAGAGCUGCCAAGCAGUAUUGAUUUUCUGUAUUUAGUACUAAAAAAUAAGAAUAAUACUGACGGUUUCAUGCAAAAUGCUGAUUUCUAGAGUUAAGUUUUAUGGGUUGUCCUAUGGUAUUUCUUUGAAAAUACUGAUUUCCUCACCAAAAUACUGAUUUUCAGCUUUUAAAAUUCUGAAAUGUUCUUUUGCAGAUUGGCAGCUCUGGGAUACAUGGAUUUGUAUAGGAAUGGAAUGCAAAGUCUCUUAAUUGAAGAGAUAAACAAAUUAUUGAUGGGAUAGAGUAUUUGGAAACUAUUUUUAAAAUCCUUGCCUUCAUUCAAUGCACAGGUAUGUUUAUUGCGCCAGUCUCAAUAGUGCCAUAAUUUGUAAACCUUUCUAUCUUGCAAAGUUUUCCCGUAUUUAUAAAGAAAAAAAAAGUACUGUCUUGAAUGUGUACAUAGAUCAUGUAUAUAGUUGUAUAGAUCUGUGAAAGUACUGAGAGGAAACAGACCAUCCUGUAUGAAUUAUUUCUCAUAUGAAAGCUUUUCAUUCAACAGUGUGUUUCAAUCUCUGUUCUGAUAUAAAUCUUGUAUAAUGCUUGAUAUCUUAUAUGAUUUUGAUGUUCCUACGUAUAUUAUUCUUGAAUGUCAUUUUGCCAAUCUUUGCUAGCAUCAAUUAGAUAGGUUUAACAAAAUGACUGAAUAUGAUACACUUGUAGUUGUCUGAUAUCAACCUUGUAGUAAUAGCUAGAGCACAAAUAUUGGGGCAGGGAGUAAUCAUUGACUUUAUUUUUUUAUUUUAGGAUUCACCCUAAUGUCCCUUGUAUGUUAGAGACUAUUGAAUGUUCUACUUGUGAAUGUUGUACAUCAAGAUACUAUUUUGUUGUCAUGGCUUUCUGAAUGAUUUUUAUCUCGUAGAAAUGAACACCCAAGUUUAAAGUAAGGAACUGAAUCGUUUCCAACUGGUUACUUUUAUUCAUUGUCGGCUUUUUACUUGAGAGGCUUUUUUUUUUCAGAAAUAAAAUCAUGGUGUACACGGUUAAAUAAUUAUGUUACAUAUCUAUGAUAAAGAUGGUGAAGACUUUAAAAAUCAAAUUACUAUCACUGUCCUGUGAUUUAUGCAGAAAUAAAUGUCAGUUUUCAUGGAGAUUGAUAGCAUAGUAGAUUUCCAUGUGGUAUGCAGGUUGGGGGGUAACCUUUUUCCCCUCCAAAGCAAAUUUCUUUUUGAUGAAAGUUGUGUUUUACACCUCUUUUUUAUGAUGAAAGAAAUUUGUUUAAAGUCAAGUUGUUGCAUUCCUGAAUAUCCUGAAACAUUUGAAAGGGGAGUCCACCCUGGAUUCAUUCUGGUUUAAAUAAAAUCAGAAAAAUAAAGGCAAAUCUUGUUGAAGGUUUUGUAAAAUCCAUCAAAGAAUUACUGGUUCAUAUAUUUUUUUUCAAGUUUUAAUCAUAGAAUGUUGUGGAAUCACUUGUGGGCAUCUGUCCCAUUAGCCAUGUACAUUUAAUGUCAAUUCUAUACAGUUUUUUUUAGACAAAUUGAAAUGUUUUAUGUGUGCAUUCAAUGUGUAAUCAAACACUUGUUUCUGUCCUAGUCAUCAUGACAUGAAAGUGCUGCUCACACAUGAUUCGACAUAAUCGAACUACAAACUCAUUAUUUGAUUUUGAUGUACUAAGUAUUUGCCCAACCUUAUGCUAUUAUCAGUUACUGAUUGACCUUUAUAGGGUGGACUUCUACUUAUAAUGUUCUUUUGUGAGUUUGGGGUGUUGUGUAUAUUCUAAACACGUAAAGUGAAACUUCUCAACUUCAUAUAGCAGUACUGUGUAGAUGCCUAGAUUAUUAUCUCCUUGAUAUAGAAUAUACAUGUGCAUUGUCAUAGUAUAAAGGUACAUUGCAUCCAGUCCGGGUAACUGUCCCAAAAUGUAUCAAAUCACUUGCAGAACGGUUGCAUAAUAACUUACGAACCAGGGGUCGGUUUCAUAAAGCUGUUCGUAAGUUAAGAGCGACUUUAAGAACGACUGGUGAUCCAUUCUUAUGGUAAACGGUAUAUUCAUUGGCGAUGGUUAAGCGCGUAAAAAGGAUCACCAGCCGUUCUUUAAGUCGCUCUUAACUUACGAACAGCUUUAUGAAACGGGCCCCUGACAUGGUGAAUGAUCGGUGUGAACGGUGUCAUUGGAAUAGCAUAAAUAAAUAAUUUAUUCCCUCUUUCAUUCCUGAACCGUACCUCUUGACUUGGGACUAGAUUGCUUUUAUCAUUUAUAUUCCACAACUUUUUUAAAAAUUUUCAAUGGAAUUGCAAACUUUGUUCUUCUGUUAUUUUCUGUUUUCCCUUUCACAAGAAGAAAAACUAGAUGCUGCUUUUAUAAAAACCUUUUUUAACCCCUUGUAUUCAUUGUUAGAUAGGGAUGAGUAUCUAAAUUAUUUAUAAAUCUACCUAUGUGUUAUGGUGUACUGUAUACACCAUAUAUUUCAUCUGAAGACAUAUUUUUACCCAACUUUUUCUAAAUUGAUCUCAAUUCUUUGUAUAGAUAAAUUAAGAAUUGAAUUCACUGCCGCUAUUUAGUUGCAAAAAUUGAUGAGGUUCCACCUAAAGGAAAUAUUUCACCCUCUUUGUCUACCCCCUCCCCUACCAAUAAAAAACCCCAACGAUUAAUUGAAAAAGGUUAUUGAAAAGUUUUAUUUGUUUGGAAAUUCCUCAUUUGCAAUUGUAUUUGUUAUACUUCUGAACCAAAAAUUUCUUUCAUUGGGAUGUCAUGUACUCACUAUUGUAACUUGGAAAAAUAUGCAUGUCUGGCUGACAAGUUGUGCAAUUAGAAUUAUUGGCCUUCUUAUCAUUUGUAAAAAAAAUAAUAAAAUACUGUAAUUCCAUUUAUUAUUCAUUUAGCAAAUAUAUUCAAUACUAAUCAUAAAUUUCCAAGAAUUGCUAAAAUGGAUCACAAAAGUGAAAAGGGGGUAAUUUAAUGGCCUAGGAUUAUUUCACGUUUGUGUAAAUGUUCAUCUUAUAUUGCCCUUACAUUUGAUUUUUUUUCUUCAUUUUUUAUAGUACCGUACCAAUUCUGAAUAUCAAUAUUCAUUUAACAGUACCUAUCCAUUAUCCAUCAAUGUAAAGACUGGAUAUUGUUUUGUGAUCAGUACAAAUUUUGAAAUAAUAAUAUUCAUAUAAUUACCAUUGCUAUGCAUUCAGUAAUAAGACUAUGAAUAUUCAUUUUUAAACAAUAUUUAUCAUGAAUAGUAAUGUGCCUACUCAUGUCACAAUACAAAUAUUUCAUUUGCAUUUUUAUCUCUACGAAUAUGCAUAUUUUAAAGAGAACUGACAUUCUUCGUUAUCUUUAUAUUUUCAAAACAAAACCUCCCUAUGAAUAUUCAUUGUUGAACAGUAGAUUUUACAGUUAUUAUUCUAAGUCUACUCUUAUGUACUUCCAACAAUAUUUCUUAUUUAAUAGACAUAUGUUUGUAAGUACUUGUUAUGUCUAUUACUGCCUACACAUUUCAAAUAUGUGUUUUAUUUAUUUCGGUGGGUGAUGGGAUUAAUUUAAUCAAAGUUAUCUGGGGUUUAAAUUCUUAUAAAGUGCAAUGGAAUUGAUUAGCAAAUGUAUUCUUCGUUUCAAAUCAGGAGUUUUUUUUUUAUCUUAAUAGAUUUGAUUUUAGCCCUGUGAUAUGACAUACAUAAGUGUAUUACAAAGAUGAUUGAUUGUAUGUGAAGUAAUAUUAUUCAAUGCAUCUCUUUCUAAACUUCUAAGGCACAGUGAAACUCGACCCUUUUUUUACUUUAAAAAUGUUCCCGAUAAUAUGUUUACCAUAUUUUGUAUGAUCAUUGGGCCAAUGAUAAAUAAAAAAUCUUCCAUGUCUCUCACAAAUGAA